AACUAAAUCUUCAUUAUUGUUCGAUUGCAUAAUGUUUGUUACAUUAAGAAUCCAACAGAAUAAUGUUGGAUUUGUCCAUGUGUUUAUUAUGCUUUCAUUAUGUUAAUUAAUUUUUAAGCAAAUUUGAUCGCGUAUUAUAAUCUUGCGUUUCUUGUUUACUACUUUGAAUAAUUUUUAAUGUAUAAAAUGGCAAUGGAAUUAUUAGACAUGAAUGAAGAUUGGAAAUUAGCUAACAAAUUAAGAAUUGAAGAUUCUGAACAAUUUUACACAUUGGUUCGAAUGCAUUUGUCUUUUAUACUUGAAUCAAAUAUCAAAGAAGGAGAUUGCUCGAUUGAAGAAAAAUCAAAAAUUAAACCUAUUAAAUGGUCUUUUAUGAAAAAAGAAAAAUGCCCUGUGAAAGGUGUUAUGGACGGAGCACCAAUUACUCAAGAAGGAAUUUGUCAAGUAUACCAACUUAUUGAUUUCUUGUCUCAAGAAGAAAAUGUCAAGCAAGAAGGGAUAUUUCGUCGAAAUGGUUCAAUUAAUCGACAACAAGAACUAAAAGCACUCCUAAAUCAGGGUCAAACAUUAGAUUUGUAUAAUUGUCAAUUUACUGUACAUGAUUGUGCUACAGUUUUAAAAUCAUUUUUAGCUGAACAACCUGAACCAAUAAUGACUGAAGCAUUUUAUCCUGCAUAUUGUCAAAUAUCAGAAUUUUGUCAGAAAAUGGAAGUUAACAAUAAUAGUCAACGCCUAUUAAGAGCUUUGCAAUUAUUAUUAUUGUUGUUGCCAUUUGAUAAUUUAGUUUUAUUAAAAGAUAUUAUAAAACUACUUCACUUUACUGCUCAACAUUCAGACAAAAAUAGAAUGCCACCAGAAAAUUUAGCCACAUUAUUUACUGGUCAUUUAAUUGUUCCUCGAAAGUUACCAGCUGAAGAACUUUACCAAAUCACUCAAAAUUUGUCACAUAUUGUAAUUUAUAUGAUAAAUUUAGGAUUUGACCUAUUUAAAAUUCCACCAAAUUUAGCUGUAGAUAUUAGAGCCUAUUGGUCAAAAAAAUCUUUACAACCUGUUAAGGAGGAAGGAACAGUUGCUACAACAGUAUUUUCAUUUACUGAUCGUACUACCACAACUAAAGAAAAUGAAGAAAAUCCAACAGUUAAAGCAUUAGCUGAAUUAUAUGCACAUGUACAUAAUCUACCGGAAUCUGCAGAAAAACGCAGAAUGUUUAUUAAACGUGUUAGCAAUCACAACUCUGUAAUCACACCAAAUAGAAGUCUUACUAAUUCUAUUAAAAAACAUAUUUUCAAAAAAGGAUCAAAAUUAAAACAGGGUCCAAUAAAAUCAGGAGAAAGGCAGCAGUCAAAGCUAGCAGAAGAAAAAACCAAACCAUCUACAACUGCUACUCCUGAUAAAGAAAACAAGGAUGAUUCAUUUAAGAUUAAAAAGAAAAAUUCUCUGAAGAAAUUACCAAUUAAAGAUGAUAAAUUUGCAAAUGUUGAAGAUCAUUGUUCACCUAAAUUUGAUUGUGAUACUCCAGUAGAGUGUUUUUCUACGCCUAAUUUUGUUAUACGUGUUAAGCGUUGUACUAGUACUCCAUCGACAGUUACCCCGCAUCAGCAACACCCUGAUGAUAUGUCCCCAAUUACGCAGUCGGCACAGAAAAUGACCAAAUCAAUGCAGGAAACAAUGAUGACUCCAAGAAGUCGUAAACCUGUUGUAGCAUUAUCAAACUCCAACAUACAUAAAAUCAAACCCUUUAACAGUGAUACAAGUAUUUCAAAUAUACCAAAUCGGCAAAGCUUAAACUCUGUAUCAUCUAAUCCUUAUCAUUUAAUGACUUCUGGAGAUUCUUUAUCCAGUUCAUUUCGAGAUUAUUUAUUCAGCCAAAGUGUUCUGACUGCUAGUCCAGUUGAUCUUAGUUUUUCGGAUACCAGUGCAUCGUCCACACAGUCAUUGCCUUCAGAAUUAGAUGAUCAGUUACAAUUUUCAGAGUGUACCUCAUCAACUGAAAGUUUACCUAAAAGAAAAAGAUUAACAAGUGAAAACUUUAAUGAAACUUUACUCUAAAUAAUUUACCAAACAUUUAUUUUUUUUUAUGUAUAAUUAGUUUAUGAUAUUUCCUUCAUUUAUGUGUCUUCCAUGUAUAUAGUUAAAAUAGAUUUUUCAAAAAAUAUGAAGUCCUAUAUACAACAUUUUACAUAAAAUAUACUUUUAUACACCCCAAAGUAUUUA